GUGCAGGAGUGUCGCUGCCUCAGCAGGCUUUAAGUAACGCAGAAGAGGCUGAAACAAGUUUCUCUUCUUUUCUCUCAUUUCAGGAAGGCGCCGUGAGAACCACAGCUACACCGAGCACAGAUUUUUUUUUUUUCUUCUUAAAACAUCGUUUCAUCCAACAGCAUCCAGGAUAAAAAAAAAUAUAUAGAAUAAAAAAACAAAAAUGCCGAAAGCGGUCAGUGUUCGGGUCACCACCGUGGAUGCUGAGCUGGAGUUUGCCGUCCAGCCCAACACCAUCGGCAAGCAGCUCUUUGACCAGGUGGUAAAAACUAUUGGUUUACGUGAGAUCUGGUACUUUGGACUGCAGUACGUCGACACCAAAGGUUUAUCCUCUUGGCUAAAACUGGAAAAAAAGGUUUCACAUCAGGACGUGAAGAAAGAGAACCCGCUACAGUUCAAGUUUCGGGCCAAGUUCUUCCCAGAGGAUGUUUCUGAAGAGCUGAUCCAGGAAACCACCCAGAAGUUCUUCUUCCUGCAGGUGAAAGACGGCAUCUUAGCUGACGAAGUCUACUGUCCGCCAGAGACGGCGGUGCUGCUGGCCUCCUACGCCGUUCAGGCCAAGUUUGGCGACUACAACAAAGAAAUCCACCGGCCUGGAUAUCUGCUGUCAGAACGGCUGCUGCCCCAAAGAGUCAUGGAGCAGCACAAACUCUCCAAAGAACAGUGGGAAGAGAGGAUCCAGGUGUGGCACGAGGAGCACUCUGGGAUGCUGAAGGAGGAUGCCAUGAUGGAGUACCUGAAGAUCUCCCAGGAUCUGGAAAUGUAUGGAGUCAACUACUUUGACAUAAAGAAUAAGAAGGGAACAGAGCUGCGGCUGGGAGUGGACGCGCUCGGACUCAACAUUUAUGAGAAAGACGACAAAUUGACCCCAAAGAUCGGCUUCCCCUGGAGUGAGAUCAGGAACAUUUCCUUCAACGAUAAGAAGUUCAUCAUCAAGCCUAUUGACAAAAAGUCUCCAGACUUUGUCUUUUACGCACCGAGGUUGAGGAUCAACAAGCGCAUCCUGCACCUGUGUAUGGGCAACCAUGAGCUGUACAUGCGUCGCCGCAAACCAGACACGAUUGAGGUUCAGCAAAUGAAGGCCCAGGCCAGAGAGGAGAAGCAGCAGAAACAGAUUGAGAGGGCCCACCUGGAAAAUGAGAAGAAGAAGAGAGAGGCCAUCGAGAAGGAGAAGGAGCAGAUGGAGCAGGAGAAGCAGGAUCUCAUGCUGAGGCUUUACCAGUUCGAGGAGAAAACCAAGAAGGCAGAGAAAGAGUUGCAGGAUCAGCUGCAGAGAGCCAUGAUGCUGGAGCAGGAGAGGAGGAGGGCAGCGGAGGAGGCCGCUCGUCUGGAGGUGGAGCGUCAGGCAGCUCUGCUGGCUAAAGAGGAGCUGGCCCGCCAGGCGGAGAGUCAGAAGAAGACUCAUGAGCAGCUGGCGUCGGAGCUGGCGGAGCACUCGGCCAAGAUCGCGCUGCUUGAGGAGGCGAGGAGAUGCAAAGAGGAGGAGGCUCAAACAUGGCAGCAGAGGGCUCAAGAGGCUCAGGACGAUCUGGUCAGGACCAAGGAGGAGCUGAACAUGGCGAUUCCGGUGCUCCCGCCGCCUCCACCCCCGCUCAUGUACGACCACAUGGACGACAGCAGCGACAGCGAAGAGAACAAUAACACGCACAGCGCCGACCUGCAAGUAGAUGACUUCCACGACCACCGCAAAGAGGAGGAGCGCCUGACGGAGGCGGAGAAAAACGAGCGCGUCCAGAAGCAGCUGAAGGCCCUGACCUCGGAGCUGGCUCAGGCACGUGACGAGACCAAGAACACCCAGAACGACAUCCUCCACAGCGAGAAUGUGCGGGCCGGCCGAGACAAAUACAAGACCCUGCGACAGAUCCGGCAGGGCAACACCAAGCAGAGGAUCGACGAGUUCGAAGCCUUAUAGGAAGCCGUCGACGCUUUGCGGCGCUCCCCUUUCUGACUGGUCUCUACGCCUCGCUCGUCUGCAGACACAAGCUCACACUUAUCCAAAGACACGUUGACCAACACGCUGUUGGUUAAACCCGGAGCACCGUAGAAGCAGAACUGAACUCUUUGAGGUCACAGGAUUCAGGGCUUAAAAAAAAAACGUAGUGCCAAAACCAUCUGUCCUCUUUUUAUUCUCUUUGUUUUAAAUAUUCUUUAUGGAUUUGAUUUAGUGUAUGUCUUUGGUCAGUUCGAACAAUUUGUUUUAUGCUGCAGAGGGCGUUGUCACGUUUUAUUACGACGUUAUGUAACCAAAACCUGCUUCUGCUGGUUUCUUUAGUUUUUUUUAUAGUGACCAAUCAGAAAGGGCAAGACAGUAUACGCAGGAAAAUGUACGUUUGUUUUCCGUUAUAUUUGAACACUUCCAUUUAUGUUUAUUACUGCUAUAAAGUAGAAUGAGAUCUUAGUUUGAUAUUUAUACUGUAUAUGGGACAUGA